GGGCUCAGUCGGAGGAUGGCCGCGGCCGCGGCGGGCGGAGCGCCGGGCACGUCCCCCGGCCCCGUCGCCCGGGCCGCGCCGCAGGCUCUGCGGAGGCGCGGGGACUCGCGGCGCCGCCAGGCCGCGCUCUUCUUCCUCAACAACAUCUCCCUGGACGGGCGGCCCCCGAGCCUGGGCCCGGGCAGCGAGAAGCCCCCGCCGCCGCCGCCGCCGUCCUCCGAGGCCCGCGAGCCGCCCGCGCCGCCGCCGCCCCCGCCGCCGCCGCCGCCCGCUCCGCCCGCAGGCCUGCCGCCGCCCGGGUCCGCGGGCAGGGCCCCGGCGCCCCAGGGCCUGCUCAGCCCCGCGCCCGCCGGCCUGGGCCUCGGCCUGGGCCUGGGCCUGGACGGGCAGCGCCAGAGAAGGCGCGUCGCCUCCCAGCGCUACUCCCUGGAGUUUCUGGAAGACACAGGAUGCACCCCGGUCCAAAGAACCAAACAUAUAUCCGGAUCCCCAAGACACAAAGGCCUGAAGAAGACUCACUUCAUCAAGAACAUGAGGCAGUACGACACCAAGAACAGCAGGAUCGUGCUCAUCUGCGCCAAGCGGUCCCUGUGCGCCGCCUUCUCGGUCCUGCCCUACGGAGAGGGCCUGCGGCUCAGUGACCUGAGGGUGGACAGCCAGAAGCAGAGGCACCCGUCCGGCGGCGUUUCUGUGUCUUCCGAGAUGGUCUUCCAGUUGGAGGGCGUUGAGCUGGGGGCAGAUGGAAAGGUCGUGUCCUACGCCAGGUUCCUGUACCCCACCAACGCGCUGGUCACGCUCAAGCCGGACGGCCACGGCCCGACGCCUCUGCCCCGGCCCGGCGGCCCCCGCACUCUGCUGGGGUCCAGAUGCAAACCCGUCCCGCCCAGGGCGGCGCCAGCCGGCUCGGAACUAGGGGCCGAUGCGGGGGAUGCCCUGGAGUACAACCCCAACCUCCUGGACGACCCUCAGUGGCCCUGCGGCAAGCACAAGCGCGUCCUCAUCUUCGCAUCCUACAUGACCACGGUGAUAGAGUACGUGAAACCCUCCGACCUCAAGAAGGACAUGAAUGAGACCUUCCGGGAGAAGUUCCCGCACAUCAAGCUGACGCUGAGCAAGAUUAGGAGUUUAAAACGAGAGAUGCGGAACCUGUCCGAGGAGUGUGGUUUGGAGCCCGUGACCGUGUCUAUGGCCUACGUGUACUUCGAGAAGCUGGUCCUUCAGGGGAAGCUCAACAAGCAGAACCGCAAGCUGUGCGCAGGCGCUUGCGUGCUGCUGGCCGCCAAGAUCAGCAGCGACCUGCGCAAGAGCGACGUGAAGCAGCUCAUCGACAAGUUAGAAGAAAGGUUCCGGUUUAACAGACGGGAUCUGAUUGGGUUUGAGUUCACGGUGCUCGUGGCCUUGGAACUUGCUCUCCACCUUCCCGAGAACCAGGUGUUACCUCACUACCGACGCCUCACCCAGCAGUUCUAGCCGGGCCUCUGUGGGCGCUCCUGGCGCGUCCCCAGGCACUGGCUGCGGACGCGGGGUCCCCCCGGCUGCUGCCGCUGCUCCCCCACACCCCCGCUUCCUCGGGGGGACACGGCUUCCAUUCCAAAGCGCACCACGCCGCCACGGUAUUUCUGAGACCCUUCCUGCGUUCUUCUGUGAGCAGAACGUGGGGCUUUGUUAUUGUUUGUUUCCUGCGCCUCCGAAUGGUCUGGCGCCAGGACUUGGAUUCACGGUGUGUGGGGAUGGACCCUGACGUCACAGCGUAUCUCUUCUUUGCCUUGCCCAGCCUUCCGUGACCAUCGGAGCCACCACUCUAGUGUCUCGUGCAGACCUGGUGUCCAGGUCUCACUGCAGGCGCUGGAUUGCUGGAGUGAGCCUGUUGGAGCAUUAAUCUCCGUUAUUUGAGGUUUUUGGACGUGGAGGCUGCACUGUGGAGCCCCCCACUCCCCUCCUCUGCCUGACUCCCUCACCUCCGGCACAGCCCCUCGGGAGUGUCCACCCACCUCCCCGCACCCUCAUGCAGAGCUCUGGCGUCAGCCUAAGCCCAGGAGAGCAGGCUCCUGGUUGGUUUUGAUCUCGCUUUUUACUCUUGGACCUCUGUUCUUCUGAGGAUCGCGUCACUGUGAAGUCCUGAUGCCCUGAGGGCGUCACGCACCCCAACAGGCCUCUUGACACAGAACUAGCCCAGCCCACGCAAGGAUCCGUCUCACCAGGAAAACCCUACUUGCCCAUGACACUUGGGACCUUCAGGAUGACUGGAUUGCUGGCUCUUGAUCUUCCUAAGCAAUAUUGUGGAGAAAAACCAUAUUUAUUGUCAUUUAGGAUUUGGUUCUGUGGGUCUUUUUUUUUAAGGAACAAAAACUGGCUAAACAAGGUCGGCUGAAGUUGUGACUUGAACCACGCUUGACCGUCCAGCAGGGAGGAGACUGACCACAGCCCUGCCUCCCCACAAGGGUCCGGCCCCACCUUCUCCCUCCCAGGCAGGAAGUGGGAGCCCCCUUGGCAGGAGCAGCCACGCCAAGCAGACCCCAAGGGUCUGGUCAUCUUUCUGGGCAGGUCUGUGUGCGGCAUGCGAGCUUCUCCAGGCUACACGUGGCCCAGUUCUUCUACUUGCUGCCCUGCCAAGAGCAUGAAGACCGAGGGCUGGAGCUUCUCCUUCACAGGUCGGCUGCUCUCAGAAAGGACCAGGUUGGCUGGGCCAUCAAGCUGCUUCCCUACGGCUGUCCCAUCACUGUCACUGGAGGGGCUCUGAGACAGCCCCACCCUGCCUCCUACCCACGUGCACUGGUGCUUCUGCGGAAAGGAGACGCCAACCCUCAUCAUAGCGCUCAACCACCAGCAACCUGGGGAGACCCCAGCAGGGGUGCAGCAUAGGCACUCCCACCCUGCUGGCUGCUGUUCCUCAGUCAUUUGCUCGGACUAAGGGGGGGGGGCAGGGCUACAGGAUGGCACACAAAGCCCAAGUCUGUAUCCCGACCUUAUUUAUUGAGGCGUGCCUCUUCCCUGUCCUCCCCGAUGGCCCCCAAGCCCAACAUGCAGCCCGGCAGGGGGUGGGGGGGCUUGAAGGAUAAGCUGCUAGGCCCCGAGUACCCCUUCUGGAAAGUGGCCUGUCCUGCCCCCACAGCAUCUCAAGGACACUGCAAGGGACCGACUUCCAAAUGCACGUCCUGGUUUACAGUUAGUCUUGAGGAACAUAUCUGUACAGAAUGGCUGAUACAGUAACUUAAGUUUGUGUGUCUGUGUUUAUGUAGCAAGAAUUAGUCAUUCACCAAACCCAUCAGUAACCUUCCCUCUAGUGUGUUGUGCCCUUUUUAAUAACGUCAAGAGCUGCCACUGUGUGGUACUCAAGUGAAGCCAGUAUUUAAGGUAUUAAAUUCAGCCUGAACUGUCACCCCCUGGAACCAGCCCAGACAUCUGUGUCCAAGGGCCUGGGGCCACUCCCUCAGCUCCUGGGAGGCGCUGUGGACUCGAGCGCCAAGUGGCCAUCUGACCUCACUGUCUAGUCACGUGUCAUGGAUCUGUUUGCAAAAAGUAAUGUAUUUGUGCUUUAAGUAAAAGUUGGUUUUGC